AUGGACCAACAGCAUUCCCAGGACCGUGGGCGAUCGCCCUCGGCCACGUCUACUGGCGGGGGUAUAAGGAAUGCACACUCGCCGUCGCCUGCCCCCUUCCCCAAUCCGAACGAAGCCGGAGCCUCAUCCAUCGGUCUCGGUGUCGGCGUCGCCGCCCCGCAAUCCUUCUCCCAACCCGGCGUCGCGAACCCGUCCGCCGUGCCUACCUUUGACUUGCCCGAGGAUUUCGUCACUCAGAUCAAGGCCGACCCUUCCCCGUUCGGCUCUCCGAACCCCGGCAGUCUCUCGUCGCAGUCCCAGCAGCAGCAGCAGCAGCAACAACAGCCCAACCUCCUCGCCCCGCCCUUCGGCGACGGCGAUUUCACCAUCUUCCCGCCCACCACAAGCGAGCCCCAGCUGAACACGCCGCUGUUUGGCAGCGACGGCCAGCAGCAGCUCGCCAUCCCCGAGCCCAACAUGAUGGCUCAAACGAACCAUACCCCUACCCCCCCUCACCUCCUCAAUCCCGAUGCGCAGCAACAGCCCGGCUCUGCCAACCAUUCGCCCCGCUUCAACCAAUCCCAGUUCUCCUCGCCCCCGGGGAGGCACUCGAGAAAUGUCUCCCUCGGCCCUGAGGCGGCGCUCCUCCCCGGUCAGAUAGAUUGGACGCAUGCGGGGCCCCAGUUUCAGGGGCACAGGCGCAGCGCUUCAGAGUACUCGGACGUCUCCUCGGCCGCUCCCUCUCCCAAUCUCGUCAGCUCGGACACCUUUGAGAACCUCGACCAGAGCCACUCGCCCCUACAACACCCGCAGGAUGCGGCACUCUUUCACGAGCUACACGGGCUAGGGAGUUUUAGCAUCUCCGAUACUGGAGCGCACACCCCUAGUCAUGGGGCCAGAAGCCCAUCCCACAGCCCGGCGAUUUCGCCCCGUAUACUCCCUCAGCAACUGCCCGACAUGAAUCAGCAGGGCAGCUUCUUGCUCCCCUCUCAGAACAAUAAUUUCGGCCCGUCGCCGUCGUACAUGCAAGCUUCCCAGGAAGCGUUUCCUCAACUCCAGCAAGAGAACCAGGAUAUACAACAGCAGCAGCAGCAGCAGCAACAACAACAACAACAACAACAGGGGAUGCCAGCCCCGCCCUCUAUCAACAUUGACUUUGCGCCGACCGCCGUUCGGAGCGGUUUCGAACAACCAGAGAGCCUUGAUGUCGAUUCGCUUACUCCUCCGGAACGAGGUAUGGUACAACGACCCCGUGCUGUCACGGAUCCGUAUAACAACAGCGGUGCGCUUCUAAGCGCCCACCGCAGCGCUUCGGCCUCGCGGGGGCUCUCCCCUGAGGCUGCGGCCGGUGGCAGGCCCGAGUCAUCCCGCUCCCUGUCCCCGUUCGACCGCUCCGGCAGCACGGCGGCGAGCAGGAGGCGCCAGUCUACAUCAUCCGUCCCCAAUAACGUCAUGGCCCUUCGACUCGCGGACCCUGAUUACAAUGGCGGGACCCAGGGCGAGGGUGGUGGGGCGGGUGCGAAGCGUGUGCAAAAGCACCCGGCAACAUUCCAGUGUUCCCUCUGCCCGAAACGGUUCACGCGAGCCUACAACCUCCGUUCUCACCUUCGCACGCACACCGACGAGAGGCCCUUUGUGUGCACUGUGUGCGGCAAGGCCUUUGCUCGUCAGCAUGACCGUAAGCGGCACGAGGGCCUCCACUCCGGCGAGAAGAAAUUUGUCUGCAAGGGAGAUCUCAAGCGGGGAGGGCAAUGGGGCUGCGGCCGUAGAUUUGCUCGCGCCGAUGCUCUCGGGCGUCACUUCCGGUCCGAGGCCGGCCGCAUCUGCAUCAAGCCGCUCCUUGACGAGGAGAUAUCCGAGAGGAUGAGGCAAUGGGACGAGGGCCAGCGACAGCAGGCGCAGCAAGCCAUGGCUCAGGGACUUGUCAUGCAGCCACAGGGCAUGAUGAUGACCCCGGGCAUGGAUCCCAACGCCGGUGGUUACCCAAUGGAUGCCAGCGGCAACUAUGCGCUCCCGCAGGCGCUAUUGGCGCAGUAUCCCGCACUGGCGCAAAUGAACUGGUCUGCAUCUGACAUGGGUGGCGGUGGCAGUGGGAUUGAGGACGAGCUGAGCGGCAGAAGUAGUUUUGACGCUAGCGACUACGACGACGCCGAGGACGGCGGCUAUGUCAGUGGUCCCGGCACCGGCUUCGGGCCCGGCGGGAUGCAAGAAAACUUUGGCGAGAUGGGCUACGCUAGUGACUAUGGCGGGCGCUGAUCUCCUCUCCUGGAUCCAUACUCUUAUUUGGUGCAUUGUCUUUCACGCUUCGUGUGGCUCUCUCCUCGGAAGGGGCCGGGGGGCAGGAACGAGAUGUCGAAAUCUUGGGGCGGGGGAUAGGCUUACGUUUCACUUCUGACUCGGCUCCUGCUCUCGUUCUUUGAACGAACGGGAGGCGCGCUCGCCUUUGUUUAUUGGAUUCCUUUUCCCGGCUUAUACUUGUUGCCUUUUUGGGAACCAACCCUCCUCCUCUAACAGGUUUGUUUGCGAUUGGGCAUGGGAUAGGACUGUUUGAUGAUGACGAUUCCACCUAGGAGGCUUUUUUCUCUUUUUCUUUCUCACGAGGUUAGAGCGGCGGUGUCGUUUUUCACUUCGGUCAGGCUCGAUCUAUCACACAAAGGCCUAUCACUACGGUUACGGCUUAUGGGUCCUGGUUUUUGUAGACCGGGUUACAAUUUUUAUAUAGAUUUAAGCCAAUGUUUGGCGUCUCUUUGCUUCUC